AUGGGGUCUCAGUCUAUGUGCCAAAUCAUCGAACUUGCUUGCAGACAUCCUGAAGACACAGAGGGAGGAGACCAGGAGGAGACCCAGGACACAGAGGGAGGAGACCAGGAGGAGACCCAGGACACAGAGGGAGGAAACCAGGAGGAGACCCAGGACACAGAGGGAGGAGACCAGGAGGAGACCCAGGACACAGAGGAGGAGACCAGGAGGAGACCCAGGACACAGAGGGAGGAAACCAGGAGGAGACCCAGGACACAGAGGGAGGAGACCAGGAGGAGACCCAGGACACAGAGGGAGGAGACCCAGGACACAGAGCGAGGAGACCAGGAGGAGACCCAGGACACAGAGGGAGGAGACCAGGAAGAGACCCAGGACACAGAGGGAGGAGACCAGGAGGAGACCCAGGACACAGAGGGAGGAAACCAGAAGGAGACCCAGGACACAGAGGGAGGAGACCAGGAGGAGACCCAGGACACAGAGGGAGGAGACCAGGAGGAGACCCAGGACACAGAAGCGAGGAGACCAGGAGGAGACCCAGGACACAGAGUGAGGAGACCAGGAGGAGACCCAGGACACAGAGGGAGGAGACCAGGAGGAGACACAGAGGGAGGAAACCAGGAGGAGACCCAGGACACAGAGCGAGGAGACCAGGAGGAGACCCAGGACACAGAGGGAGGAGACCAGGAGGAGACCCAGGACACAGAGGGAGGAGACCAGGAGGAGACCCAGGACACAGAGGGAGACCAGGAGGAGAUACAGAGGGAGGAGACCAGGAGGAGACCCAGGACACAGAGGGAGGAGACCAGGAGGAGACCCAGGACACAGAGGGAGGAGACCAGGAGGAGACCCAGGACACAGAGGGAGGAGACCAGGAGGAGACACAGAGGGAGGAAACCAGGAGGAGACCCAGGACACAGAGCGAGGAAACCAGGAGGAGACCCAGGACACAGAGCGAGGAGACCAGGAGGAGACCCAGGACACAGAGGGAGACCAGGAGGAGAUACAGAGGGAGGAGACCAGGAGGAGACCCAGGACACAGAGGGAGGAGACCAGGAGGAGACCCAGGACUCAGAGGGAGGAGACCAGGAGGAGACCCAGGACACAGAGGGACUAUGUGACAGCGGCUUCUCCUCCGUCUUUGAGCGAGCCCCAGCAGGUGGAAGCAGCUUGUCACAGCCCAGCGCCCAUCACCAAAAUGAGGAUGUAUCACCGGCUUCACACCUGAGGAGCCCGGCUUUAGUUUGGCCGGCGCUGUCCUCCGUCUGUGCCAACCCCAGCCUCGUGAUGAGCUCGGGAUCAGCCAGAAGCACAUCGCACCAAAGUGAAAAUGAUGCGAUGUGA